AUGGCUAGCUCGACUGUCACUUUCGAGAACGGCGGCGCCCAUGUGGCCAAGGACGCUGAAUUCCGUGAGGAUCUCAACCGCAUUCUCAUCUGCCCGGAAUGCAAGGAAGACCCCCCAAACCUUGUCGAGGAAUACUCGUCGGGCGACAUGGUGUGCGCCACUUGCGGCCUCGUCCUUGAUCGCAUCAUCGAUACCCGGUCCGAAUGGCGUACGUUCUCUGGAGACGACAACGGGAACGACGAUCCAUCCCGUGUCGGUGACGCGCCCAACCUGAUGAUCGACGGCGACCAACUUCAGACCGCUAUCGCCUUCGACGGCAAGGGAGCGAAGAAUCUUGCCCACCUUCAGAACAAGAUCAACCAGGAUAAGGGCACCAAGGCGCUGCUCCAGGCGUACCGGGACAUUCAGGCUCUGACCGACAGUAUCAAUGCCGGAACUCAGGUUGCCAACACCGCCAAGCACAUCUUCAAGAUGGUCGACGACAACAAGGCACUCAAGGGCAAAUCUCAGGAGGCAAUUGUUGCGGGUUGCAUCUUCAUCGCCUGUCGCCAAACCGAUGUCCCUCGGACUUUCCGUGAGGUGUAUGGCCUGACGAAGGUAUCCAAGAAGGAGAUUGGGCGCGUCUUCAAGCAGCUCGAGGCCUUCCUCCAAAAGAUGGGCGGCGAAGACAAGGUCGCGAAGGCCACCGGGCUGGGUCAGCAGUACCAGGCCAAAGGCUCCACGACCGCCGACGAACUCUGCAUCCGCUACUGCAGCAACCUCGGGUUCCGCAACCCCGUCCGCGUCGAAAGCGUCGCACGUCGUCUUGCGGCAAUCUCGAACGAGGUCUCCGAUCUGGCCGGCCGCUCUCCUCUCUCGGUGGCCGCUGCCUGCAUCUACAUGGCUUCCCACCUGGCCGGCGAGCCAAAGGCCACCAAGUCGAUCUCCGUCGUCUCUAGCGUCAGCGAUGGAACGGUUAAGACCGCCUACCGCUACCUCUACGCUGCCAAGGACGUCAUCCUCACCAAGGAACACUUUCCUGAGGAGAUCUAUGGCGAUAUCCUAUCCCAUGUGGAUAAGGUCCCGGCGAACUAG